UAAAACAUAUCAAUAAAACAUUGAGUCACAUCUAACUUAUUGUGUUCAUAUUGUUAAUGAUUCACUAAGCAACAUACAUAAUCUUGUGCUCAUGUUUCAUUAUUACAGACGUUUCUUCAACUUUCAGAAAGAUUUGGUACUAUUGUGUGUAUCAAAACAUCAAAUCAUAUCAUAUCUGACUCUUCAUCUGAAUUUGAGGCCAAUUUGAUUGAGUUGUCUAGCAGCUGCCUGUGACUGUGAACUCAUUGUGAGUCAUUUUGAUACAAUAGAUAAAAAGCAUGUCUUUAUUCCGGUGUGAGGAGGUGGCCCUGUACCAGCUGUUCCUGCAGAGUGAGGCUGCGUACAACUGUGUGGGUGAGGUGGGGGAGAGUGGGCUGGUCCAAUUCAGAGAUAUGAAUCCGGACGUGAACGCGUUCCAGCGUAAGUUUGUGAAUGAGGUGAGGCGCUGUGAGGAGAUGGAGCGGAAGCUGAGGUUCAUAGAGAAGGAAGUGAAGAAGGAGGAACACAUCCAAGUGGCCAACAGUGUCCCCGAUGAUCACCAAGUGCCACAGGCCAGAGAGAUGAACCAGCUGGAUAGCCAACUAGAAAAAUUGGAGAAUGAAUUGCGUGAACUACUCUCAAACCAGGAGCAGCUGCAGAAGAAUUUCCUGGAGCUGACGGAGUUGAAGCAAGUGCUCCUCAGGACCGGCAUCUUUUUCCAGGAGGCUGACUCUCAUAGGUUUUCAACGCCAGUUCCAGGUGACAUACCAGGACUCGGAGACGAUCAUGGUGAGACAGAGGGGCUGAUGGAGCCCGAGGGGGGCGCAGGUGCAGAAGCACAACAAACCGGAGGGGCUCUAAAACUGGGAGUUGUGGCAGGGGUGAUCAAACGAGAGCUGCUGGGUGCCUUCGAGCGGGUGUUGUGGAGAGUGUGCAGGGGUAAUGUGUUCCUCAAACAUGCUGAUAUCGAGGAGCCACUUAUCGACCCCUCCACGGGCGACUCUUUGAGAAAGACAGUGUUCCUGGUCUUUUUCCAAGGGGAACAACUUGGCCAUAGAGUGAAGAAAAUCUGCGAGGGUUUCAGGGCCACACUCUACCCCUGUCCUGAACAGACUGCGGAGCGGAGGGAAAUGCUGAGCGGAGUAGAAGCACGCAUAGCAGAUUUACAGGCUGUGUUGGACGAGACACUGGUUCAUAGAUCUCGUGUGCUGGAGGCUGCGGCUGGUCAGCUGCCAGUGUGGGCCAUGAAAGUGAGGAAGAUGAAGUCCAUCUACCACACUCUCAACUUCUUCCAAGUAUCCCCUAAGUAUCUGCAGGUGCAAUGUUGGAUUCCAGUAAUUGACGUUCCUAAGAUUCAAGCGGCACUUGAUAAAGGAACUGUGGACUCACUGUCUAGUGUUUCAAGUGUACUGACGCAAAUACCUACUGACGAGGAGCCUCCAACUUUCAACCGGACCAACAAGUUUACAGAAGGGUUCCAGAAUAUCAUAGAUGCGUAUGGAGUAGCAUCCUACAGAGAGAUAAAUCCUAUGCCUUUCACUGUGAUUUCGUUUCCCUUCCUGUUCGCUGUUAUGUUCGGGGACUGUGGUCAUGGACUCAUCAUGACCCUGUUUGCUCUGCUACUAGUAGUCAAGGAGAAACAGAUCAUCGCUGCCAAGAGCAAAAAUGAGAUCUUUUUGAUGUUCUUCGGAGGCCGAUACCUCAUCUUGCUCAUGGGUCUGUUCUCCAUCUACACUGGCCUCCUGUACAACGACAUUUUCUCCAAGUCCAUGAACAUCUUCGGAACUCAGUGGGCAAUACCGGGCAGGAUCGCAAAUGGUCUGGAGAACGAAAACAGCAAAUCAGACAGUAUCGUGACGCUGGGAGUGAAUGACUCAUUCGCGGGCAAAUCGCCAUACCCUUUUGGAAUUGAUCCAAUCUGGCAGGUGGCGGAUAAUAAGCUGGACUUCCUGAACUCAUUCAAGAUGAAGCUGAGUGUGAUAUUGGGAGUGAUGCACAUGCUGUUCGGUGUCUGUCUCUCCCUCUGCAAUCACACCUACUUCAAGAAACCAGUCAACAUCAUUGGAGAGUUCAUACCACAGUUCAUCUUCCUCGGGGGUCUGUUCGGUUACCUGGUUUUUAUGAUCUUCUUCAAGUGGCUGGCCUUCGACUACACCAAGUCUCCCGAUGCACCUCAGCUCCUCAUCACAUUCACCAACAUGUUCAUGCUCAAACAGCCGGACAAAGCCCUUUACUCGGGACAGCACCUAGUCCAGGUUAUCCUGCUCUUGGUGGGACUGCUAUGUGUACCGUGGAUGCUGUUUUUCAAGCCAGCUGUGUUGUAUUGCCAGCACAAGAACCCUUCACAUGGAGAAAACAUUUGGCCAUUAUCUGGUUGGCUUUUAAAGUUGACUUUGAGAAGGCACUCGGAUGAAGGCUCCAAUUUGGUAGACAACUCAUUCUGUACUCGAAUGGAGUUCUCUUCCCUCCAAACAUCUGAGGAACAACGACGAAACACCCGAUUGGUCAGCGGCCUCUCUUUCAAAAACUUGAGUAAUGCUGACGAGGACGCGGAGGGUGCGCAGGGCCUCAUCUCGCAUGACGAGCUGGCCGAACAGUCCUCCCAGGAACCCCACGUCAUAGAUUCCGAAGCCCAACCCCAGUCAAUAGGGGCAGCUCAAAAAGGGGGUUCUCAUGGUCAUGAUGACGAUGAGUUCGACUUCGGUCAGAUCAUGAUCCUGCAAGCCAUCCACACCAUCGAGUUCUGUCUCGGAUGUAUCUCGCACACCGCCUCCUACCUCCGACUGUGGGCACUCUCCCUCGCACAUGCCGAGCUCUCGGAGGUGCUGUGGAGCAUGGUGAUGGUCCAGGGUCUGAAUGGAACGCGAGGUCUGGUUGGAUGUGUUAUUGUUGUACCUGUUUUUGCAGCUUGGGCUUGUUUGACUGUGGCGAUUCUGUUGCUGAUGGAAGGAUUGUCGGCUUUCUUGCACGCGCUACGACUGCAUUGGGUGGAGUUCCAGUCUAAAUUCUACCACGGAGACGGACAUUUAUUCAUGCCUUUCACAUUCAAACAUAUCAUCGAGAACCCACUCGAGGAGUGAACCAAAACAUGCCAAUGCCAAAACCAAACUGUGGUAACAAAGUGUGUCAAACUAAGCCAGAAAUAGACAACUGACUCAAUCUGAAAACAAUGAACUUUACAUCACUGUAUCAUUAAAAUUUGACAACGGAGAACAAAAUUGAAAUGUUAAUUGAAAUAUGUUAAGUAAAUACUGUAGACUGCAUCGAAUCUGUUUGAAAUUAAACGAGUCAAGCUAGGAUUAAUGAUAAAUUAACGGAUUUCGCAGCAGCCUUUUUUGAUAUUAAUUGUGUCAUCGAUUCCAUUUGUGUGCUACGACUAGUUGUGAAUUCGAUGCGCUUUUUGUUCGAUAAUUCCAAAUUAAACUAUGUAAAUGAUUAUAUAAAUGGUUAAUGCUAGGUCUUCAAUUUAAUUAAUAUCCUCUA